UUUUAUUGAUUGAUUGUUUAUUUGGUCAUGUCAGUUAAUGGUCCCUGUUGGGAUUAUUAUUUUCAUGACUACAGCUUGAAAGAUAACUAUAUGUAUAGUGUUUAUAUCGGGAAGUUAUUUGAACCACUAUAUAAUAAUGGGUGGCUACUGUUGGAGCUGGAGGUUUAAAUUGUCAUAAUCAUAUUCUUCUGUGAUCUGACCAGUCACAAGACUUUAUGGAAAAAAACUAUUUAUGAAAAUGUAAUAAAUAUUGAGAUACACGUGCAUAUAGCUGCAUAUCUAACUGCACCUAAUCUGCAUUAACAUUAUCGACUACUAAGUAAAAUAUUAAAACUACAAAAUGCAGAUAUCUUCUACAACCCAGAAAGUUAACUUAAAACGGGUAAGACCAAAUCCACUUUUUGAAGAUUGGUUAUCAAAUACAUAUGAAGAGGCUAAGUUAAAAAAAAGCAGUCUUGAGCCCAAGCUCAAAGAGGCAACAGAGUCGCUAGCCAAAUACCCUUUGCCAUUAAAAUCUGGAGCUGAAUGUAUUAUACUGAAAGGUUUUGAUAAAAAACUCUGCCUCUACCUUGAUAAGUGUUUGAACAACUAUAAUCACAAUUUGGCUCUAUCACAGUAUUGUGAUUCAAGAUGUGAUGAAAUAAGAUCUCGGAAGAGGCGAUCGGAGAGCCCUACAUCCACCACAUCACCAACACCAUUGGAUGAUUGUGUUACACAGAGUGGGAGCAAUAGUCAAGCAUCAGAGGAUCAUCAACCUAUUGAGAAACUUCCUAAGGUUGACACCCAGCCUGAGACUGUUGUCAUAGAUUUAGAGGGUCCUAGCAGUUCUGGAAAUGUCCAAAAAAAAGACAAAAAGAAAAAGUAUAAGCCUGCCCACAGAUCUGGUGGCUAUGCAUUACUUGUUGCAUUAUUAGAACAGAGCUUGGAACACCCUGAUAACCCUUCACUAUCAAAAGAAGACUUGAUAGAGAAAGCUCAAAAACAUUGUGAAGAAUCAUUUGUAAGACCAAAACCAGACACUUUUUAUACUGCUUGGUCUAAUAUGACCAGGCUGGUAAGUAAAGGGUUAGUAGAAAAAAUUAAGAAGAAAAAGGCUGAAUAUCUGUUGACUGAAAAUGGAAAGAUACUGGCCAGAGAGAUAUUGGAAGAUGCCAAAAGUAUUCCAACUGUGAAUGAUAUAAUUUUCAAUGAUGGACCAUCAACAAGCAGUGGGUUUGUUAAUCAGAAUAGUCCCAUAGCAGAUGAAGUUCCAUCAACUUCAGGAAUUGCAUACACAAAGGAUGCCAUUGAGUUGCCACCUGGCUCAUUUGAUAUCAUAUUACUGAUUGAUAAGAAUGAAACUGGAGGGCUCAAAAAGAAGAACGAUCCAACAGUUGCUCAGUUUAAAAAGUAUCCCGACUUGAACCAUGAAUACAGGAGCCUAAAAGUUGGUGACUUCACAUGGAUUGCAAGAAGUAAAGACAAUCCGGAACAUGAAUUAGUCCUGCCAUUUGUAAUUGAACGAAAGAGGAUGGAUGAUCUUGGCGCCAGUAUCAAAGAUGGAAGGUUCCAUGAACAGAAAUUCAGACUUCGUAAAUGUGGUCUUGAAAAUGUAAUCUAUAUGGUGGAAAAUUAUGGGAAAAACAAGCAUGUGGGAUUGCCCAUGCAGAGUUUGAUGCAGGCAUUGGCCAACACAAGAGUACAAGACAACUUCAAAGUUCAUGUGACAGAUUCUCUUACUAACUCUGUAAGAUUUUUGGCAAUGAUGACCAAGAGACUCACCAUUCGUUUUAAGGACAAGCAACUGAGAGGCAGCAAUGAAGAACCAAAAGAUGAAUAUCUGAUGACAUUUGAGUACUUUAACAAAGCUUCAGCCAAAAACAAGGCACUUACAGUCACAGAGACCUUUAUAAAAAUACUGCUCCAGCUAAAAGGAAUGUCUGUUGAGAAAGCUUUGGCGAUUACUAAUAAAUACCAAACACCCCGUUCUCUAAUACAUGCUUAUGUUAAAUGUGAUAGGAAAGAAGGUGAACUUCUCUUGGCUCAUUUGAAAUACGGCGAUCUAAACCGCAAUGUUGGGCCUGUGGUUAGUAAAUCUAUUUAUCAACUGUUUUCAAGCAGCUGUGCUGAGUAACUUUAACAUUAAGAUGCCACAUAAGUAGGGAUCAGAAUUUGGGUGCGAUUCUUACCACCUAGGGCCAGACUUGAAAAUCUCCGAAUUAUUAUUUAUUAAGUAGAUAAAUUUGUCACUGUCUAAAUCUAAAAUUUCUGAAUAAGAAAUGCUGUUUUGAAGAGUUUGAAAGACUGAAGCGGCGAACUACGUUUAGUGUGCCAAAAACGGUGCAAUGCCGCUAUAUGGCUUUACUUGAUUUUUAAAUGUUAGAUGUUACUGUCUAUUUUUAGGAGUACUAUGCUCAACACUAAACUUAUUAUAAAAAAUGGUCUGAGAACAUAAACACGUUGACCUGUUUAUGGAGCUGGUGCUAAAGGUCAAAAGAUAAUGGGAUCAUGAGGAAAUCGAUAUUUUGUGCUAUUUUUUAUAUUUUUAAUUUGCAUGUUGUAAUAUAAUUACUAUAGUGCGAAUAGGUUAUAAGUAUUUAUUUUUGUAAUUAAAUUACAACUACGCUUUUUAAGCUAGUAGCGAUUUUGGUUUCUGCUUUCGUCUACAUAAUUUAAUGAGUAUAAAUGUGAAGCAUGUAUCCGUGGUAAUUUAAUCAAUUAUGAUGUGAUAAAUAUGUAUUAAUACUAAGAAAACGUGUUCCAUAGUAAACUAUUCAUAAAAGGUUUGUGAACACGUGACGUAAUUUGUGAUUUCGUAGUAGAUUUUCUUCUAAUUAUGUAACAAUAUUGAAAUAUCGGCCUAUUUAUAGGAAAUAAACGACACCUGCAUCAGUAUUAUGUAAGUUAAUGUCCCGGCCAGGUGGGUUUUAAUGUAUUUAAUAUUCUAAUCAAUCUUGGUGUAUGUGAAUCAAAAAUAAAAAUUUACGAUAUA